CGAUUCACUCACGAGGCGCGAUGGUGAGAAAGCGCUUUCUCACUCGUAAAAAAACACAAACAAAACAAAAGUCUUAUCAAUCUUGUUGGUAGCAUUUUUCAUUCGUAACGACGCAAAUAAGCGCGUGUUCCGGACAGAUUUGCCGAACGAAACGCCUUCGAUGGGGACUAAUACCGAGGGAAUAAAGGUGCAUCGCUCCGUACACGAUCCGAGCAAUCCGUUAGUGUAUUUGGACGUUAAAGUUGGCCAGGAGAGUGUGGGACGGAUCGUGAUAGAGCUGCGGGCGGAUGUUGUACCCAAAACGGCCGAAAAUUUCCGGCUGCUGUGCACUGGGGAGCGAGGCGUAGCAUCAGGCACUGGAACGCGCCUUCACUACAAGGGAACACCGUUUCAUCGGGUGAAAUCGCUGUUCAUGUCGCAGGGUGGAGAUAUCGUCCAUUUUAACGGAACCGGCGGCGAGAGUGUCUAUGGCGAAACGUUUGAGGAUGAAAAUUUUAACCUACUGCACGAGGAUGGCGCAGUGUCGAUGGCAAAUUUGGGCAAACCGAACACCAACAAUUCCCAGUUCUUCAUAACGUCCGGCGAGUGUCCACAUCUGAACGGGACUAACGUAGUGGUUGGGUACGUGAUACGAGGUGGUAGCAUCAUAGGUGAGAUGGAGCGCCAUUCGACCGACGACGGUGAUCCGAUCGUACCGAUCGUCAUUGAGGACUGUGGCCAGAUAGCACCCGGUGCGGAUUGGCGGUUGAACGAUGAUGACGACGAGUUCGACACAUUGCCACCGUUUCCGGACGAUUGGAACAGAUUUUACGAUGAGUUUGCGGUCGAUGAAAUGCUACAGUACCUAAACGCAAUCCGUAGCGUUGGCAAUCGGUACUUCAAGGCGAAUCAAUUCGUGCAGGCCAACCGGCGGUACAAGAAAGCCGAACGGUACUACAAUUUCUUUACCAACCAGCUAAAUAAACAGUCACCGCGCAGGGAAGGUGGCAGUGGACGGCGCGCCGUGCUGACCGAGUUUCAGCUGCUAAACUGUCUCAACCAGGCAGUGGUACAGUUGCGGCUGAAGGACUUUACGAGCGUGGUGUACGCGUGCGACAGUGCCCUUGCGAUCGAUCCGGACAACACGAAGGCGCUGUACCGGCGGGGAAUGGCACAGAACGAGCUGCGCAACUACGAGCAGGCGCUAGAGGAUCUAAGAAGGGCGCUGAAGCGAAUACCGGACGAUCGGUUGAUUCAGAACGAGUACGAACGAACACGAAAGAAUCUGCAGGAGUACACGAACCAGCAGCGGAAAGCUUUUGCCAAAAUGUUCCACUAAGACCGGCUGCGCUGUGCUCGUACCCAACAAAUCGUACAAGCGACCGAUUAGCGAUUAUAUUUUUAUACGUACUAUUGGCAUGUGCAUGUCAACUGUUUGGUGAACAAGAGAGGUAGACAUGUCCUGGUUCUCCCGUCUCAUAUGAUUGUUGUUAAUAAAUGUUUUAAUUGUGAAGCAUCGUGGUCGAACCCGAAUUGCGUUCUUCA